AUGUCAAUCACACAUAUCGUACUCUUCCAGUUUAAAUCUGGUGUAGAUACUCAAGUCAUUAAGGAUACAUGCGAUCGUAUGGUGGGAUUGAAGGAUAGUUGCAUCCAUCCAACAUCCAACAAGUCAUAUAUCAAGUCUUCCUCUGGUGGGGCAGAUAAUUCAAUUGAAGGGAUUCAGAAUGGUAUCACACACGCCUUUGUCGUUGAAUUUGCCAGCGCAGAGGACCGAGACUAUUAUGUCAGGGAAGAUCCCGUGCACAAAGCCUUUGUUCAAAGCCUCAAUGGAGUUGUGGAGAAGGCCCAAGUCGUCGAUUUUACGGACGGCGUGUUUGAAAUCCCAUAG